AUGAAGCCCCGCAGAAGGGCCACUCAGCGCGCCCCGCGGAAGCAGCCACCCGGCACGGACGGCGCGGGCCGGCGCUGCGGAGGAUGCGUACUGUUCAUAGUGAUCGCGACCAUCUGCGUGCUCGUCUGGGCUUCCACCAACCAAUCUGGCAGCGCGGGCGCUGCGCUCAUCGAGUCCAUUAAACAGCGGCACGCGAGCCUACGAGGAGAUGCGCAACCUGCGGGAUCCGCGGCGACGAAGGAGGCGGCAAACGAGGAAUCGGCAUUUGCGUCAACGAUCCCGACGUUCUCUCUUUCAGCGGGCAGCGGUUCCGACGACGGGGAGAGCGCGCCUGAAGGAACCGCUGGGGGGCUUGGGGGAGAGGACCCGGGGGAGGAUCGCGAGGGGGAGGGGCAGUUCGGCGUGCCACGUGAUCUGGCGGACGUGAGCUCGAUAAAAGAAGGGCGGCUGAGCGCGGCGCGAGGCGCGGAGGAGGCGAGCGAGAGAGGAUCGAGAAUGGCGACAGCAGGGGCGCGCAUGGGCGCGGGCAGGGGGAAUGAGAGGCCUAUCACCACGGCGACGGAUCUCGAGCCGUCCGCCGCCAAGGCCCUCGAGGACGCCGCCGCUGCGGCCGCCGCGGCGGCUGCCGCCGGUGCGGGAGUAGGCGGAGGCGAGGCGGAAGAGGAAGAAGCGGGAGACGCCGUCACGGCGGUGGUGAAGGGAGCUGGCGCCGCCGCAGAUGGCGCGGAAGCGGAUGAGGAAAGCGCGGAGGAGGGCAAGCGCGGAGAGGCGGCUCCGCGGAAGCGGCAGAAGCCGCUGCGGGAGGGGCCGAACGCCAAAUGGGGUCCCGUUAACGGGUCCUUCGAUAUAGAUUUAAGAAAACCCAAGCACCGACCUCUCAUGGUUACGUUAUCUCACAAGUCCAUGAAGCACGUGUUCCUAGAUGCGACUCGGUUCGGGAAGGAAGGCGCGGAUAAAAUGGAUCCGCCUCUGGAGGUGACACGUGGCUCGCUGUGCCCGGAGUUCGAGCACUCGUACGAGAAUUACCCGGGAAUCGCGUCGUGCUGGCACGGGCCGCCGCUAGAAGACGUGGCGCAGGUACCGGCGUCGCAGCCCGUGAAUUGCGGGAGUCUGAACCCGAGCUGCGUGCAGGACAUGGACUUCCAGCCGCACGAGAAGUGGUCCGCGCAGGUGGUGGUGCUGCACAACGUGUACAUCAACGUGGCGGGGCAGGUGUUCAACCGCACGCACCUCUUCGACGACAACAGCUGCGCCGCCGACCGCCCCUUCCACUACGCCGCGGGCGCCGCCACGACGGUGCACCGGUACCGGCACCUGGUGUCGCUGGUGGACUGGUUCGCGUGGAGCCCGCGGUCGUUCCUGCUGGACGUGCUGCCGCUCUUCGUCUCCCUCGACGCCGUGCUGCCCGCCAUGCGCCGAGUGCCCGUCGCGUUCGGGCACCGGCAGCAGCACGCGCUGAGCCAGGCGCAGCAGAUGAGCGCGUACGGCGCGACGGAGCUGCUGGGCGUGCGCGUGGACAAGCUGAACCCGCACGUGCUCAAGGACGGCGAGCUGUUCUUCGCCGACCGCCUCGUGCUGCCCCUGAGGCAGCGGUGUGGGCGGCCGAGCAAGGCGAUGUGGGGGUAUCUGCGCGCGCGCCACCUGCUGCCCAAGGCGGGGCUCCCCAUGUACCGCCACGACGCGGAGUUCAAAACAACGUACCGCAAGUGGAAGGCGGAGAAGGUGACGGGCGUGGGGGCGGACUGGGUGGUGGUGCUGGGCGUGCGCGACGAGCGCAAGCCGCUCGUGGAGACGCUGAAGCUGCAGCAGCAGAUGCUCAAGUACGUGCCGGCGCAGCGCAUCGUGGUGUACAAGGAGGGGUCGCUGUCGUUCACGGCGCGCAAGGCGCUGCUCAACCGUGCAAGAGUGCUCGUGGCCGUGCAUGGGAACAUCCUCGCUGACAUGGUCUUCAUGCCGCCUGGCGGGGCGGUGUUGGAGAUCCGACCUCGGAGGGACGGGGAGGCGAUAUUCCACCAGCUGGCGGACGCCUGUGGGUUGGCCUACUACCUCACGCUGGCGGACGGGCGUGCGGGCCCCAUGGGGCGCACGGGUGCCGGCAAGCCCUCGGUGCGCGACCCCCGCCAGGUGCACCGCCUGCUGGCCAUGGUGGCCAAGAAGGCCCUCGCCAACCUGCCCUCCACCUGA